AGGAUCCGCCCAGUUGAUGUGUUCCACUGGAGCAAGGUCCGCCCUGCGAGCGGCGUCACACUGCGGCUCCCAACCGAGAGGACAGCGAAGUCGGGGACGUUGACAUCAAUCAUAACGGCUGGUCUCAGCUUCCCGAGUGAAUGAGUGAGAGAAAAGAACAGUGAGAUCCAAUUGACAAGUGUGGGAGCUGUCGCCUGUGAUAGAAGAUACAACAUGGUGGUCAGAAGACUAGAAAUUGACUAGAAGACUGAAUUGUAAAUAGCCUUAAUUAAAGAGGAGAUAGAAGAUAUGCUUAGAGGUCCAGCACAUACAAUCAUAAGAAAUAGCAGUUUGAUCAGCAACAUUUUGCUCAGGAAGAAGGUAACCAUGUCCCGGCAGAUACAUUCUCGGAGAAUUGAAGGAUUAGACAAGAAUAUUUGGGUCGAAUUUACACAGCUUGCUGCUGAUCAUUCAGUUGUCAACCUAGGGCAAGGAUUUCCUGACUUCUCCCCUCCAAAUUUUUUAAAAGAUGCUUUCACGAGGGCAGUAAAUGGUGACUUCAACCAGUAUACCAGGGCUUUUGGUCACCCACCAUUAGUGAACAUCCUAGCAAAGUUCUUUGGGAAAUUAUUGGAACAAGACAUUGAACCAUUCACUGAAGUUCUAGUGACAGUUGGGGCAUAUGAGGCCCUAUUCUGUUUCUUCCAGGCACUGAUUGAUGAUGAAGAUGAAGUCAUUAUCAUUGAACCGUUCUUUGAUUGUUAUGAGUCAAUGGCGCGAAUGGCAGGUGGUCAUCCUGUAUACAUCCCGCUGCAUCCAAAACCAGAAUCUGGAAGGUUGAUGACCAGUGCUGACUGGGUAUUGGAUCCUGCUGAACUAGCAAAUAAGUUUAACAAGCGUACUAAAGCAAUCGUCAUUAAUACUCCAAAUAACCCUCUUGGCAAGGUUUUCAACCAUGAAGAGUUGCAGAUGAUCGCAGAUCUGUGUCUGAAGCACAAUGUCUUGUGCAUUAGUGAUGAGGUGUAUGAGUGGCUGGUAUAUGAUGCAAACAGGCAUGUGCGGAUUGCUAGCCUGCCAGGGAUGUGGGAGCGAACAAUCACUGUUGGAAGUGCAGGAAAAACCUUUAGUGCUACAGGGUGGAAGGUUGGCUGGGCAAUUGGACCUAAGGACAUCAUCAGGCAUUUGCAGACUGUCCAUCAGAACUCAAACUAUCAUUGUGCCACUGCAGCACAGCAAGCUGUAGCAGAAGGAUUUGUAAAAGAAUUUGGACGCUUAGGAGCACCAGACAGUUAUUUCACCAACUUGCGUCAGGAACUGCAAUUGAAACGUGACCAGCUUGCUGCCUGCCUCACUUCUGUGGGGCUAAAGCCAAUUGUGCCAGAGGGUGGUUACUUCUUGAUUGUGGACAUCUCAGCAGUCAAGGUUGAUCUGCCAGUCUCCACCGACACUGAGGAGCCGUAUGAUUAUAGAUUUGUGAAGUGGCUCAUAACUAAUAAGGGCUUGGUCACAAUUCCAGUGUCUGCUUUCUACUCUUCUGAGCACAAAAAGGGCUUUGAAAACUUCAUACGUUUUUGCUUUGUUAAGGAGGACUCAACUUUAAGCAAGGCAGAACAGAUUCUUCAAGAAUGGAAAAGUACAUUGCUGACCCAGUGAUCACUCCAUUACAGUGAAUUUAUUAUUUUCUAAUUCAGUAAUUGUACAUUUUUAAUUGUAUUUCUCUUACUUGAAAAAAGAUACAAUUUUCAAAUCUAUGCACAAAUGCAUUGUAAUAGUCUAAUUUGAACAGAAAAUGACCCUAGAUGCUGCUGAGGACGGUCUUUUUUGCCAUGCUUUGAGGCCUGGAUGAAACAUGAAAUGGCCAGAAGCUCUUAAACUUCCAGUUAAGGGAUUUCCAAUGUCAGCCCCGCAUCUAACUCGAGCAAUAUUGACAGACUGGAGUGCCUUUGCCAGGGAAUGUUGCAGAAACUGGUGAAAUCUGAAACCAAGUCGGUGGCUGCAAAUAUUAAAGCAAUGUGAGUUUUGAUCUUAGUGUAAUUAUUGGUGUAUUAGUACUGAAAUGUUCAAUGUUUUUAGGUGUAUAAUUUAAUAUAGUGCAUCAUUUAAUUAUUUUUCAUCAACCUGCUCAGUCAUGUUAUGCACUCCAGGACAGAUUGGAUUUGAACCUGGACUGUCUUGUCCAGAGAUAAGGAUACUAUCAUUGCAUCACAAGACUCCUUCAAAUGAAUUUUUAUCAAUCCGUUGGACAUGUUCUUAUGACCCAGAGGUAGGCACACCACCAUGUUUAGUUGGUGCCUUGCCUGAGGGAUGAUUUAAAAUUGUUGGUUAAAUAAUUGAUUACAUAUAGCUGUUACUUGCUGUGUAUAUUUUUUUAACAGCAGUUUGAUUAUAUAGGUUAAGACUGAGCUAACUUAGUUGCCACAUUUGUAAGUAAGCAGAAUGCUAUGUGUGUGCAACUUGUAGAUUGAUGAUGAUCGCACUGUGUUCUGCAGGAAACUCAUUACUGCAUAGGAGAUUGUUUUUAUUUUCACUGUUCUACAUGAUUAGCUUAAAUUCAGCUGUGUGUUAAUGUGAGGACAUAAAUUUGAAUUAAAAAUGCUAAAUAUGUUUCAACAUUGCAUGUAUUUUAAAAAAUCUUUUCUAUGUUUUAACGUAUCUGCUUAGCAUUUUUUUGUAUAGACAUGUCAGCUUAAAAUGCUGUACGAGCUGCUGCUCAUGUUGAAUGUUGCCACUAUCAUCCUCUGUAUAAAUAUAGGAAAACGACUUCCUGGUCUAUUUACAAGAGUCUCCUGUAAUUAACAAGGUAUGGUUUAUUUCAUGUUAGUACUUAGUCACAAAGAUGUUGAGGAAGACCAGAUGUUUGGUCUCCCGCUGUCAAUAUUGUAAGCUGAUCUGCCAGCAAUUGUAUAAUAUGCGAAUGCCACUGUUCUGUUUUAACCCUUUCAGAUCUAAUACAGUGUUCAUACACCUG